AUGGAGCACAACCACCUCCACCUCCACAACGGCUCCCUCCUGGCGCACCACCGCUAUGGCUGCGGCUUGGGGUACGCGCCCGUCGUCUACUACAGCCUGCUGCUAUGCCUCGGGCUGCCAGCAAACAUCUUGACAGUCAUCAUCCUUUCCCAGCUCGUGGCUCGCAGGCAGAAGUCCUCCUAUAACUAUCUUCUAGCUCUAGCUGCUGCUGACAUCCUGGUUCUCUUCUUCAUCGUCUUUGUUGACUUCCUCAUGGAAGAUUUCAUCUUAAAUAAACAGAUGCCUCAGGUACUGGACAAAAUAAUUGAGGUCUUGGAAUUUUCUUCCAUCCAUACCUCCAUUUGGAUUACUGUUCCACUAACCAUCGAUAGGUAUAUAGCUGUGUGCCAUCCACUUAAGUAUCAUACAGUCUCCUACCCUGCUCGCACUCGAAAAGUAAUUGUAAGUGUCUACAUCACCUGCUUUUUGACCAGCAUUCCCUACUACUGGUGGCCCAACAUUUGGAUUGAAGACUACAUAAGCACAUCAAUGCAUCAUGUCCUCAUCUGGAUCCACUGCUUUACAGUUUACUUAGUGCCCUGCUCCAUCUUCUUCAUCCUUAAUUCGAUCAUCGUGUACAAGCUGCGACGGAAGAGUAAUUUCCGACUGCGAGGGUACUCCACAGGGAAAACAACAGCCAUUUUGUUUACUAUAACUUCUAUUUUUGCCAUACUCUGGGCACCAAGAAUAAUCAUGAUACUGUAUCACCUCUAUGUAUCACCUAUAAACAACAGCUGGGUGGUACAUAUUGUGUCAGACAUUGCCAAUAUGCUAGCAUUGCUAAACACUGCAAUUAAUUUCUUCCUCUACUGUUUUAUUAGCAAAAGAUUUCGCACAAUGGCAGCUGCCACACUGAAAGCCUUCUUUAAGUGUCAGAAGCAACCUGUGCAAUUCUAUACAAACCAUAACUUUUCAAUAACAAGCAGCCCUUGGAUUUCCCCGGCCAACUCUCAUUGCAUCAAAAUGCUUGUUUACCAGUAUGAUAAGAAUGGAAAGCCUAUAAAAAUAUCACCAUGA